AUGCUCGGCAUGCUCCCUGUCCUCCUAGCGGGACUUGUAGGAGGUGCAAACUCCCAGCCAAAGACAGACACAACCUAUCACAAGGAUGCUGGUGUCCUCGAAUUUGUCAACCCUCUCAUCGGAACCUACGGAACAACACCGAAUGGCAAUGGCGGCAUGAUCCCCUCCAUCAGCCCGCCUUUCGGAAUGACCCGCUGGACACCGCAGACUCGCGAGAACUUCAUCUCGCAAGUACCCUACGGCGAUAGCGACCGCCUCAUUCAUGGAUUCCAAGCCACACAUCAGCCGGCUAUCUGGAUGGGUGAGGCGGGUCAGGUUGUGUUGACACCGGGGAUCGGUGAAGUGCAGCCGUUGUUUCAGAACAGGGGAUUGCAGUUCCGAAAAAAGGAUGAGAGGAGUACGCCGUACGUCUAUGAGGUACUUGUUGAUGCUGCUCAGCUCUUGGGUCAUGGUUGGAAUGCGACGGCUGAGGCUGUAGGUGAUGGGCCUGUUCCCGGUGGUGCGGGUUCCGUGCCGGAUGAGGUCAAGGAGGGUGCCAAUGGGCGGACGCGAAAAAGACAAAUUGAGUAUGUCCUGCCUAGUAGAGAUGGUAAUCAGUAUAGGCAGUCGAUUCAGAUUGCCAUGUCCGCAGAUUCCCAUGUUGGUCAUCUUCGAUUUGACUUCCAACACAGUCCUACCAAUCAAGAUGAAAAAUGCCAGCCGUGGGUAUAUAUUCAAGCUUCGCGUCGGAACUGGACAGGCGAAAUCCAUAUUGAUGCGAACAGUCGGGAGGUCUACGGCUAUAACACUGAGCGUCAGGAUUACCUCCUCGGACCAGACAAAGCAGCGUCAUUCAAAGGAUAUUUUGUAGCUCGCUUUUCUGAGCCAUUUAUUGAAUUUGGCGUGGCAGAUGGAGGGUUACUUAUAAAGGAUGAGGCUCAGCGACACGGGAAUUUCACGGGUGCAUAUGUGAAAUUUGCUAACUCGACAUCGCGUGUCGAAGUGCGCACCGGAGUUUCGUAUAUAAGCAUUGCACAAGCAAGGAGGAAUCUCGUGAUACAGACUCCAGAUGAGCACACCUUCGAGGAUACCGUUGAAAAAGUCAAAUCAGCCUGGCUUGAGAAGUUGGGUAGGGUAUCCAUCAAGGGCAUCAACAAGACCGAUGCGGACCACGACCCUCGCACUAUCUGGUAUACCGGCCUGUUCCAUGCUCUCCAAUAUCCAAGCGACUUCUCAGAGCCAACAUCGAAGCACGAAGAUGCUUCCCGCGUUUUUUACUCGGGAUAUACCGAUAGUGUCCACAUCGAGAACGACUCAUACUAUCAGUCCUGGUCAAUCUGGGAUACAUACAGAGCCGAACACUCUCUCUUAACUAUAUUUGCGCCGGAGCGCGUCAAUAGCAUGAUGCGAUCCUUGUUACGCAUCUUCGAUUGGUCCGGUUGGCUGCCGAUGUGGGCCAACUUGGUCGAGACGAAUAUCAUGAUCGCAACGAAUGCAGAUGUCGUGCUUGCCAACGCUCUGGAGCGAGGGUUUAGGGGCUUCAAUAUUGCCAAAGCUUGGGAAGCGGUCAAAAAGGAUGCAUAUACUCCGCCUGACAACGAUACUGAUACUCUGUACUAUGACCGUGAGCCGGCCACAUCAUAUGAGGCCCGCGCUGGACUCACAUCAUACAUGAAACAGGGCUGGGUGUCUAAUGAUGGCUGGUCUGAAGCCGGUAGCCGCACAUUAGACUACGCAUUUAAUGAUUACGCCUGUUCCAUUGUUGCUUCCUAUGCGGGAGAGGACAACGCCACCGUGCAAGCCCUCAAGAAACGAAGUGGAAAUUAUGCCUAUCUUUGGAAUAAAGAGACUCAAUUUAUGCAAGCGCGCAACGCAAACGAGACUUGGGCUAAUAGCACUUUUGGAUGGACCGAAGGCGAUGACUGGGUCUACACGUUUGAUGUGAUGCAUGACGUGAAAGGACUGGCUGAGAUUUUUGGUGGCCGUCAAGCCUUCCGCGAUAAGUUGGAUGCGCAUUUCCAGGGUGGUCACAAUGACCACACGAACGAACCAAGCCACCACGUACCAUAUUUGUAUUCAGCUCUUGGUUAUCCCAACCAAGCAGCUGAGAUAGUCAGGAGCAUUGCUUGGGAGAACUACAACGCGACCAGCGGGGGCUUGGGCGGAAAUGAAGACUUGGGACAGAUGAGUGCUUGGUAUGUCUUCUCCGCAUUGGGGUUUUAUCCCGUCAACCCCGCUAGUGAUGAGUAUAUCGUCGGUACACCAUUAUUUGAGCAAGUGUCCAUUCGUCUUCCUAGUGGAGCGAGCACUGGCGGAGAAGUUGCCAAUGGGAAAGAGAGGAGGCUUGAAAUUAGUGCCCCGGAGGCGUCCACGAAGCCGUAUAUUGUUAGUCUGAAAAUUGAUGGGAAGAGUAUCAAUACCCCGAUCCUGAAGCACAGUCAGAUUGUGAAGGCGGCAAGAAUCGACUUUGAGAUGAGUGCUACACCCACUUCAUGGGGAAGUCGCCCCAUAUGGGAAACUUGA